GAUUCAGCCUUAAGGUACUACAUUCGAUGCCCCAGGCGAGGAAAAAAACUUAGUUGGGGUCUGUUUGUGUGUGUGUGUGUGUGUGUGUGUGUAUGUGUUGAAUGAGGUGCUGACCCAGUGCUGCUGCGGAUUUUGGUGGGUUUUUCGUCUUCUGGCUUUGUGGUUGGGGCUUGAAGUGCGAUAGCGGUACAUUGGAGCGGCGGUGGCGAUGACGAUGACGAAGGGACCGUGGAGCACCGUGUUGUUGCUGCUGCUGGCGUCGGCGCUUCUCAUGAACUGCUUCGUAACACCAGUCACAAGUAGCGAGGACCAGGAGGCAGAAACCCUAAACAGCGAAGAGACUAUCGAUGAGCCAGUAAAAGAGACUUUUGUGGAGGACAAGCACAUUGGAGCUGCCCCGGGGGUGGAGGCAUCUGUUUAUUUUCCCAAGAACCUCAACAAUGUGGUGAAAUCAGGAGAGCCUACGCAAAUUCUUAUCAAUAUCACCAAUGAUGGAGCUGGUCCCAUGCAGGUGCAAUACAUCCGUGCCAGUCUUCACCUUCCAAAUGAUCACCGGGUCAUUAUCCAGAACUUCACUGUUCAGGAGUACUCGAGCAGUAUCCCACAAGGCAACAAGGUGACUUUUAGCUACUGGUUCGGCGUUGUCAAGUUUCUCCAGCCAGGAAACUAUGACUUCGUUGGGAAGAUUAUUUACGAGCUGGAAAACAAAGCUUACACACACGUCUUCUACAAUAGCACUAUCGAUGUCGUGGAAUCUGGCGGUUUUGUGAGUGGCGAGACAAUUUUCCUGUCCAGUUUGGGCUUGGGUUUGUUGGGACUUCUCGGCAUGUGGGCCUAUUCUAAAGUUCAGGAUUUUAUCAAGAAACAAAGAAGAAGCAGCAAGAAAGUUGAGACUGGUACCCGCACCAACAGCGACGCUCACGCUAAUGAAUGGCUUAAAGGGACAUCGUUCACCCAGAAAUUGUCAAGGAACAUCUCACAGCAACGAAAGGCUUUCAAGAAAAAGAGCUCUUCUAAAGACUCUAAGGACGCUCCCAAGGACUCGUAGAUAUGGUCAAUUUCUCAGAGUUAUGUCGCUUUAGUGGUUGUUGCAAUACUCGAGUUCUACAGUUUCGAAGUGGCGCUCGUCCUAAGUGAUUCAUUCUUGAGAUGUCAAUUAGACUGUUACGACGAACAUCUUUUCUGCAUUUUUAGCAGAAUUUUGAAAGCAGGGACCGAGUUGAGGGCAACUUCCAUAGACGGUUACUUCACCAGUCAUUGCUUAGUUGUAACGCUGGACUUCAGCGCCAUUCAUGUGAUGGUGGUGAUCAUCUUCACAUAUAUGAAUAUUCAGCGUAAUGUGAAGUUCUUUUGCAAGGUACCAACACUUGAAGUAA